GGCACCUUUAUGAGUCUGACGCUGAGAGUUUUCUUUGCGACUUUAUGAAGACAUUACUGGCAUUGGCGAGGAAAACAAAAGAACGAAGACAUUUUAUUUAAAAAUGAGAACGUAGAAAUUUUACUGGAUGCUUAUGUCAUGCUGUGAAAUUGAGUGACACAAAAAAAACUAAUCAUAUGCAUGAAACCAAACCAAGCAGGAAGUGCGUUAUAGGCCACAGUGAUAGUGUGUGCAGUUGCUUGUAAAAGCGAAACUAUUUCUGUUUUCGUGUAGUGGACACACGUCGCCAUGUUAAGAAGAGUACUAUUGACAUGAAGUGUUUUCUCGGUGGGCAUAUUGUUAGUUCCGGCAUUUUUCUGUUCGUGUUAUACGCUGACAUUGACACUACCUUUUGACAGCCCGAUUCGGCUGAUUCAGGAUCACCGUCGCACAUCGAGUUGGAGUGUACAGCCGCGACCACUCCCGUGGUCGAGAGGGAUUAGGGCACAGAAGUGACGAAACGGGCAGAGUUUCGUAUUAUUAUUAUCGCAAUCAUCAUAAUUAUCUCCACGAAGGGACAACACCUAGGUUCCGAACAGGGAUGAAGACCCCCUCAACAUGCUGCCCGUGACAAGUGCGCCAGAGGCCGACAGACGGAGUAAGGAGCUUGGGGUGGAACAACGCCGGACAGGCAGACACGGUGUGUGCAUUUAAUGCAGACCUGCCAUGAGUUGUUGACCUUUUACAUGGUCUUUGCCUCCCUUCCUGGAGAAGUAUUAGUCUUUGCUGAUUACGGUUUCUGGUGUUGCUGCCUUUUUUGUGAUGGAUUUCAUCUUCAAGACUCAACUUCAGAUUUCACUUGGGUUACUGGCACUGCUCAGUGUCAUUUUUGGUCAGGAAAAGAUGCACCCAUGCUCUUCAGAAACAGAGAAUUGUGAAGAAGCUGAACCCAAUAAUAAAGUAAACCGUUGUCGCCUCUGUCCACCAGGUACCUUUGUAUAUAAACACUGUAAUGACACUGUAGACAGAGAGUGCCACACAUGUCCACAGGGCACAUAUACUAGUGUGUACAACAAUGUUACACAGUGCCUGAGAUGCUCGCGUUGUAAUGCAGGUUUAGUGGUAGCUGUGAACUGUUCAGUGCACAGCAACACUGUAUGUGACUGUGCAGAAGGCAAAAUCUGUCGUGGAAAUAGUUGUUCAUCCUGCAGGGAUCACCAGCAGUGCCCACGUGGAACAUUCAUUUCAAAACCAGGAACCAACAAGACAGAGCCUGAAUGUUCACCCAUUCCUGAUCAGUUCAAGAAUGAUAGUGACAUCUGUCUUAAUCAAACUAGCUGUAUACAGAAAAGAGGUAAUACAUCGAAAUGCAUAAAACAGCCAGACAGCACCUGUAUAACUACAACAAAAGCCAGUGGCCUUUUUGUCGGGCUAGAAGUGUGGGUGACUUUUUUGAUACUACCAAUUGUAAUUUUGAUUGUCUUUACUUGUAUCCUAUGGUGGUGGAAAAGGGCCAGCAAUGUGAAAGAUGGUGGUGGUCACACAGGAUCGGUGAGUGAGGAAUCUGAACAGUCCAGUCUGUCUUCAAAUCUGCCUCUGCUACGGAACUGUGAGGGAUUAUCUCCUAGCUCUUCACAUCACAGCACUUACCAGACAAAUUUGUCAAGUGCAAACCAAAGCCCCAUUUCGGUCUGUAACACCCCUCUAGAAUUUGAAUCUAAAACUACACAAAGCAAUUGUCAGAAUCCUGAUCUACAAGCUGGUGGAUGUCAACAUUCGGUUAUUUCAGGCAUGACUGUUCAUGGCAAUGUAUAUAUAUACAAUGGACCUGUGGUGAAUAACAACUGCAGUUCUUCUUUAGCGUCAUCUUCAGAAAAUGGUUCUCCAGAAACUGGACUGCCGGCAAGACUUUCUGAAAUCAGAUUACCCAUUCAGGAGGAAAGAACAUCUGUGCCUGUACAAGAACAGCCCAAUCAGCCACAGCAAGAAUUUGGGAAGGAGUCUCAUCUUUCCAUUGUGGAAAACACAGUGUAUUAAUUAUCAGAAGAAAAUGACAAGUUGUACUUUUGUCACUUCUGCAGCAGCAUUGGGUGACAGUCAAGUCCUGCCUCGGCUAGCAUCUGCUAGUACUGGUUUAUGUUAUGGGAUACAGUAAUGUUAGAGACACCUAUGCUUUAAUGAUGCUCAGUGGUUAUGUUAAAGGUGAAGGAAGACCUAUACUGAAGAUAUGAUGAUAAAGUCUUUGGUAAUGCUAUUAAAAAUGGAGUACUUUCGAAUUCACUUAUUAAGGAGGCUUGUGGUUUCAUGGCUUUGGAUUUUUAUAUCUUUAUAUAUCAUUUGCUUUCGCAAUAUAUAAGCCUUAAAAUUUUUAAGAGAAGCCGCAUAACUUGGUGAAGCAUAACCAUCAAGUAUUUUAAAGAGUAAGCUCUAAUUAACAACCCCAGGACUGAGGAACUUGUGAAGAUGAACAAGACUUGAAGAGAAUAUGUGGAACACUAAAAUCACAAAUGCGCUCAGUUUAUUACAUUUAUCAAUGCUCAUGUUGGUUAAGUACUAUGUGCAUUUCAUGCUUUUUUAUAGAAACGCACAUCACAUGUUUGUUCAAAGUUUGUUACCAAUACUUCAAACAGGAACUAAGGUAAAUUGUGCCACCAAUAAUAAAUGCUGUA